AUGGACACGGGGGCGGGGGUGACGGGGGAGGAUGUCAACCGAACCGGAAGAGAACACCACUUCGGCAAGAAACCAGCCAGAAACCCAGAAAGGAACCUCGGCCGAUCGACCGAUCCGAUGUCCAACAAUAGACUGACGCCAACAGCCCUCCGGCUGAUCGAGAAGCAGCACGAACUGGAGGCACUCGUCCAGCUCAACCAACUGUCGCAUGGGAUGGCCGUCCAACUCGAACAACUCAGCCACCAAUUCGCACAGGGUGCUGAUGGGGCAUUGAUCACCGAAUCCGUCGUCCAGCGGUGGCAAAAUGUCUUCCGAGCCGCCCAUCUAGCGAUCGCUACGCGGGCUAAUGCGAUCAAGAACUCAUCCCAGGCCCCAGUAGACAUGCUCGUUCGGAUCCCCGUAGGAUCGGCCCAGGAAGACGAACGAUAA